CUCACUUUCUACUAGCCUUUUAAAUGCUGCAAUAAUAUGAGCUGAUAAAGCCAGUGUUAAAAGGUUAAAGUGAAAAACCUGAUGUCAAUUCUUCUUUAUCAGCCAAUCUGACCAAAUCAGAUAUAGAUCUGAGCUUCCCCCUUCUCCCUAUCUUCUUAUGGUAAAUGGUUCAGCUACAUUAUCGGAAAUCUAACAUGCAUUGUUAUAGUCUCCUGCAGCGACAGAUUCAGCUAAAGAUCCUUCAGAUUGAUUUCAAAGAGAAAUGCUGAGAAUUACAGGUCUUAAAAAGGCACCAGCUGACAGGAAAUGGCACUCUUGUUUUGGAUUGUUGCACCAGUUUCGUCAAAAAGCGGAAUUUGUGAUAAAGAUGAACGCAGUUCACCAAAAGACUGGCUUCGACAUACAACACAGAUGUUUGAUCUUCUCAGCCUGUGUCCUCACCUCAGCCGCCCUGAUGUCGACUUAUGUAGCAGCCGUGGCUUUGCACCACGUCCUUGCACUGAGGGCGGAAAUCUCCUCGAUGAGAGAGGAGCUGGAGUCCUAUAAGUUCCAACUGGACCGUUUGGCGAAAGGCACCAAGGGGCCAGCGGCCAACUGGAGCGGCUCAGUCGGCCAGCUCGGUGAAUUGCUCCCGGGGAGGCGGCGCAGCCGGGAGAUGUUGCGAGACGGAGAAGCGAAAUUUCGCAGCCGGCGGUCGCUUCCCGAGCAAGGUCGGCAGUCGUUUGUGCAACUCAUCGCAACGAGUGACCAGCGGCCGGCGGUCAGAGCGAGCAACUGCCAAAAGUGCCUCCCCGGGAGGCACCAGCAAGCCUGUCGAACCGAACGGAGACCUGUUUCCACUCAGAGUCAUGUGGAGGGGACCCUUGUCCCCUGGAUGCUCAGCCUGAAGAAAGGAACAGCUCUGGACAGAAUGGGCAACAAGAUCUCCGUGAAAGAAGCCGGGUUCUUCCUGAUUUACAGCCAAGUGUGGUACAAGGAUAAUAUUUUUACAAUGGGACACUUUAUAAAAAGGAUCAAAGCCCACAUUGUUGGCAGCGAGCCGCGGACCUCGAUUCUCUUUCGAUGCAUCCAGAAUAUGCCCGCCUGUUGCCCCAAUAACUCCUGCUUCACCGCUGGCGUUGCAAAGCUGGAAGCAGGGGAUGAGCUGGAACUGGUCAUACCACGGGUGCAAGCCCACGUUGCAUUAAACGGAGACGGGACGUUCUUUGGAGCGAUACAGCUGCCAUAAACCGAGUGCAGAGCAAAGUUGCUGGGAACGUGAGGAGAAAGUCCUGCCAAUCUCGGUUCCUUCCCGAGCUCUGGUAGACCAAUGGCCCGAAGUUUUCACCGUGCUUUGGACAAAUCAAGCAGGUCAGGGCAGCAUCCCAGGAGCAGGAGAAUCAGGUAUAAGCCCUUCCUGCCCCAUAGUGUUAGGGGCA